UGGUCAAUGGAAAAGGAGCCUGGGGAGUCGCGCAGGGCAACAAAGAGCCCGGGGACAGCCCCAGCUCCAGUUCGGGGGGUUGGGGAGGUGGAUGAAAAGGGCCAGAGUCCCGGUGCCUCCCCAGCCUCAGGGAACACUCCCUUCCUCAGGAGGCACUCAGUCUGAGGAGCGGGGCUGCGGCUUCUCCCAGCCCCUGUCACUGCUAACUUUCCGGCCUUUUGCUCGAAGUUGCUGCUCUGCUCUCCCGAAUUGAUUCCAACUCUUGUCGGAGCUGAUGUGAUUUAAGUUUGCCUGCUAUCAUCUUAUACACUGUUCUCACUCUAAUGGCUGUAAUUGCAAAUCUUGUGUAUUUUGAGGAAAUUAUCUACCUGUUAAGAAAGGUCCCUGCCACAAACAGGAGAACAACUAUUAUGUGGGUGAGCGGGGCUGCACCUGUGAUUGCAUCUACAUCCUGUGUAGGGAUGUGGAUUCCUCUAGCAUCAAUGAUCACAGAUUUGACGACAGCAGUGUAUUUUGCAAUUGUCAUCCAUAAAUUCCAGCGAAUGAUGAUAGAAGAAUUUGGAGGUGAUGAGCUAUUCUUGAAACGAUUUCAGAAUACACCUGUCAAGAUUAGUACAGGACCCUGUUGUUGCUGUUGUCUUUGUUUGCCUUUUGCAAAGAUUUCAAGGCGCUUGAUGUUCUUAUUGAAAUUGGGAACAUUUCAGCUUGCUUUCUUACGGCCAGUCCUAAUGAUCUUCACAUUAGUCCUUUGGGUGAAUGGGACAUUUAGUCUGGAUGAUCUUUCUGCUAGUGGACCUGCAAUAUGGAUUAACUCUUCCCUUGGUGUGUCCACAAUAGUUGCACUGUGGCCCAUUGGAAUUGUUUUUAACAAAGUUAAAGAUGAACUAAAAAAUCAGAAGAUAAUUCCAAAAUUCACUCUUUAUCAGAUUUCAUUCAUUCUCACUCAACUCCAAGCUGCCAUUAUCAACAUAACAGCACUGUCAGGUGGCAUCGCCUGUGCACCUCCACUUUCACCCACUGCCAGAGGAGGAUAUAUGAACCAGCAGCUUCUCAUUAUGGAGAUGUUCAUUAUCACUUUGUUAUCACGAAUCUACUAUCGGAGAAAAUACAAUCAACAACAAAUAGAUGAAAUGCAACCCCCAAUAAAAGCACAAGAGAACCAAAACCUCUCAAAUGGUACCAAAACAGAAGCUGAAACUAUGAGAGUGUAAAACAUCCUGUUCAUGGAAAGGGUUGAUGAUCUGUCAUUGACAGUUUCUCAGUCUUCAUUUUGGCUUCUCGGACAACUCAAAAAUUUGUUUAGAUUCACAAUUUUCAUGACUUCAAUGGGGAAAACGUUUCCUGUUCCUGUAUAUAAUGGAUAUCUGGACACAGUGAAUGCAGAACAAAUAUGUGGAGGUAAACACAUGCCAUAAAUAAAUCCACUUUAGCAGUUUUUAGAAAUUUUAUUGAUGGGAUGCCCUUGAACUGCAUGGUUUGGUAGGCAGUUCAAGGUCAACUAUAUUUCUUCGCAUCUGGAGUCACACAUAGGUCACAGAGCAGAUAAGGAUAACAGGUUUUCUUCCAUAAAGGACACUAGUGAAUUAGAUGAGUCUUUAUAACGAUGGUUGCAUGGCCACUACUAGGCUAGCUUUCAAUUUCAGAUGUGUUGAAUUCAAAUGUUAUUAUUUGCCAUUGCGAAAUUCAAACCAAUAUUCCUCUAACAUGAGCCUGGAGUUCUGGAUUACUAGAGCAGUGACAUUACCACUAUGUUACCACCACCUUCAUUUCUGUAUUUGCUGUACCCAUUUUGACUAUAUCAGAUAUAGAUCUGAAGUAUAGUCUAGACUAUUCACCAAUUUCACACAAUUUUAGAGAAACUCAACAAGAGCCAAAGAGUCUUUGGCUUUGCUUAUGAUUUAGCUCUGAUUGAAAUGGCUAUGUGAAGGGCUUUUACAUCAUCAAAUGAAGAUAUAAUCCAAGUAAAAAUGCAAAAAGUAAAUGUCACCUCAGCUACAACACGCACUGUAAUGACAUCUGAUGAAUCUUCAUCCACAAAUGAAGGAUUUUGGGUAUUUAGCAUCAUGGUAUCACUCACUGAAUGUCACACCUGAAUAAAUCUGGAGGAAGUGUGCAGAUCAAAUCCAACAUUUUGGUGGCAAUUUCUGGACCUAGAGUUAUUUUGUUUCCAUACCAAACUCCAAACAGAAUAAUGGCAGGCCAGAGACUACUCAUUGCUUCUGUUUAGAAUCUCACAGUGCUGAAUGCAAUCAAUUUUGAGGAAGAAGGAGAAAGCUUAGACAGACCUGGAGGGAUCAAAGAUGUCAUCAACUGAAGACCCUGACUGGAGGAACAAAUAAUACUUAAAGGAGGUCUCUCCUCAGUUCUCAUUAACUGUAUUCUGGUCCACUCUUGCAGCUGCCUGGCAAUAUAUCACUGAACAGUGGGGAAAGGGAAGAAGGAGGCAAAUAUGGUAGCAAA